CAAAACAUCAAGAUGGCGGACGAGCGCAAUCCAGCCGAGAGAGUGCGGAGACUUGUCCAAUACGCUGGGCAAGUUGAGGUUGAUAAUAGCAUAGCACCUAAGAAAUACUUCAGAUCUGGUGUAGAAAUGGAGCGAAUGGCAAGGAUAUAUCAUGAUGAAGGAAAUCUGGAAAGUGCAUUUAUUUUGUAUUCAAAAUUCAUCACAUUGUUUGUGGAAAAACUUCCUUCACAUCCAGAAUAUGCCAAGGCAGCGCCAGGAGACAAAGCAACAAAUAAGAAGAGCCUCAGAAGAGUAUUUGGUGAAGCUGAGGAAUUAAAAGGAAUUUUAAAGGGAAAGUAUCAGAAGGAAUAUGAACAGUUAAUGGUUGAAGAGGCUAGAAAGAAAGAAGAGGAAGAAACCAAAAGAAAAGAGUUUGAGAAAAGGGAAGCUGAAGAAAAAGCACGAAAAGCACUGGCAGCCCAGCAAAUAGCAACACAGCAUAACAACACAUCAAGGCCUCAUACAGAGACCCCAAGUGUUACUCCAAGUGCACCACCACUGAUUGAGGAUUACCUUGCCCCGCCCACCUCCUAUCAGGAGUCAUCUGGCAGUCCAAAUUCAAUAGUGGGUAAUAAUCAGCGUGAACAUGGCACCCCCAGUGACAAAAAUCAAACACAUAGCACAAUGCCAUCACCACCUAGCUACUCAUCACUCUUCUCUGUACAAACACCAAGUGUCCCAACAAUUGACAGGUCCACCAAACCAGUCAUGUCUGCAGAUGCGUCGUCAAGUGGUCUCAGAAAAAUGCAUGUUCCAGCGGAACUCAUCAGUCAGUUCCUACGUCUGGCAUCUAACAAUACAAGGAAAAACCUUGAAACCUGUGGCAUUCUAGCAGGCCGACUUCAAAGCAACAUGUUCUGCAUUACUCAUUUGUUGAUCCCCAAGCAAACCUCAACAUCAGAUUCCUGCACAACUCUGAAUGAGGAGGAUCUGUUUGAUUAUCAAGAUUCUCACAAUCUAAUUACAUUGGGUUGGAUACAUACACACCCAUCACAGACAAGCUUCAUGUCCAGUGUUGAUCUUCACACCCAUUGCAGUUAUCAGCUUAUGAUGCCAGAAGCAAUUGCUAUUGUGUGUGCUCCGAAGUUUGAUGAGACUGGUGUGUUUUCUCUCACCCCAGAUUAUGGUCUUCAAUUUAUUUUGAAUUGUAAAAAGCCAGGAUUUCACCCACAUCCCAAAGAGCCUCCUCUAUACGAGGAGAGUUCACAUAUAUUAUGGGACAAGGUUGCAAGAGUGGAUGUUGUUGACUUAAGAUUUAAAAAAUAGAAAGAUAUCAGCUUAAACUUGCCACUGAAACUAUAAUUUUCAAUUGCCAAACAAACUGUCAAAAUGUAACAAAGUAUAAAGGUAACAUAGUGGAAGAGAAAAUUUCAGUUUAGAACACAAACCAGUAGUUAACCACUAUGAGCAAAGUGGAGGUGGCUAAUGGUGGUUUAUACAGUGAGGUAGUUCCUGUUUACUAGCCACCAAUACUGAGGGAAUAGUUGUUUUAGUGUUUAUUAAAACAGUGAUAUAGUAUGGCACAAAAAGGCGAUUUUCACUCCCUUAGUACUGCUGCAAUUACAAUAUUUUUGGGUGCAAGUCUCUGGUGAGUUGCUUAGAGUUGAGUAGUAACGGAUAUUCAGAGUUUGAGUGGCCAAUUACAGCAUGCCUUCAAGGUUAUCUACUGUUUUAGUAUACUACAUAACAUCUUUAUCAAAUGCAGUACUUCCAUAUUUUAUUUCAGCAUUGUACAAUGAAAUGAUGCUUAAAGAACAAGGGGGAGAUUAACAUUAAAAUGAGACUUAUUACAUAGGUUAUCACACCAUUUCUAUGCUUAACUAUGAAUGAACACACUCAAACAAAGAAACUGAUUUCAUCAAUACUUUUAAUAGUUUUCAAAUUCUUAUUUGCACUUGAAUGCUAACACUUAUAAAUCUGUUUAAACUACUUCUAAACUUGUUUCAAAGUGCACAAUGAACUUAUUUUAUUACUAUAACUUUCAAUAAAUAGUAAUGUAAAAAUUGGAAAUUGUGUCUGCAAAAAGUGUCAAGGUCCUUUAAGUAAACAUUUUGACCUGAAUGUAUUUAAAGUUCACACUGAGUUAGGAAAAAUUAAUAACCUUUAAGGUUUUAGUAAAUCAAUUUGAUGUAUGUACAUUCAUGUAUCAAUUAUAUAAUUAUUAAUUCAAUUGAAAUAAAUAAAUUCUUAGGCAUGGUAGCCCACAGAA